GAAUGAGAUCACCACGAUACCAGGCUGUUGCAGGUGCGUUUUCAAUCCGUUAGGUGGCAGUAGCCGACCGUGGUUUGGACUGUUUGAAGCUGCGUCUCGGAGCUCAAAGAAGAAGGAGGAGCUCUGUCAUGGCGGCCAAGGUGGUGAUAGUGGCUGUUCCCACAGUGCUGAGCAUAGCUUCCAUCCGUGUGUAUACUGUGAGGGAAGUGCCCACUGAUGAGCUGGUCCCAAGAGAAAAGCUGAACAUCUACACCCCGCUUCCACAGCCUGCUCAGGCUCAGUUUGUUCCAGAGAGUCCGGGUAUUAUUCAGAGUGGGUUAAAAACAGCAAGAGAAAGCAUACUGCCGUUUGUCCAGACUGUAAAGGGUGCUUGUUUCUCUGUGAAAAGGGGAAGUGUCGAUCUAUAUCAUGCAGGAGAGGAUAUGUACUAUUACUUGAAAGACCCUCCGCCGGAGUUUCUACCCAGAUUUGGUACCAUCACCAUGGCUGGCCUGCUUGGCAUGUUCUUGGCACGAAAAGGCUCUCGUUUCAAGAGGUUAGCUGUUCCUCUGGGCCUGAUGAGUGCAGGGGCUUCAGUAUGCUACCCGGCCCAAGCAGUGGCUGUGUUAAAGGUGACAGGUAAGAAGGUGUAUGCUGCAGGACAGUGGAGCAGCGCUGCAGUGUCUUCACUACUCAAGCCCAAGCCCCACGACCCCGUUGCAAAGGAGACUGCCACUUCACAACCACAGGCAGCUACAGUGCCAAAUCCAGACUUUGCAGUAGUUGAAGAGGUCUCAGAGGCCAGCUUCAGCAGCUCAGCCCAGAGCUCUACAGUCCCAGAGACAGAGGUGGAAUCUGCUGAACCAGUUCCUGUCUCUGACAGGCCUGUUGUUGCUUUCGUGUCAGAGGGGGCGUCAUCAGUUACACUCGCAGAGAUAUCCCCUGACCAGACCCCUACAGACACCAGCACAGUGCCAGCAGAGACGAACAUCACCACAAUCUCUGAGGAAGUACCUGCAUCUGUUGAAAGUGAAGAGCCCUCAGACACAAAAAAAGCAGCAGAGGAUGUCUCCACUGAGUCCAUGCCAAGCUUAGAGCCAGAGAUGGUAGAAGCGACACCAGUGGAUGCUGCUCCAGUCGAAACUGCUCCUUUCACUGAAGAACCACCUGCUCCAAAGGUCUCAUAUGAGCCAUUAGUGCCUGUUGUUGAAUCAGCUGAGCCUGAACCUGCUCCUCAGCCUGACUUAGCUGACCCACCGCAAGUUGUCGCUGGGGAGGAGACACCAACCCCGACACUCACACCACCACCUCCUCAGCAGCCUGCUGCAGAGAACAACAAAGAUGGCUCUGGUUUCAAGCCAGACCCCACUCUUAUGGAUUUCGGUCAGUCCAACCCGGAGGAUGAAGACCUGUACAGCACACGCAGCUGAGAUACUGCAGCCCAGCUGCAGGAGAAACUUCAUUCCUGCACUGCCAUCUCAUCUUUUUCAGAUAAACAAGCAACUGUUGUCAUUAUCAAAUGUAAAUAGGCCAUUUCACAAGAAAGCGGUGUUAGAAAAUCUUUCAUCAAUAUUUCCAUUCUCAUUUCUUCAGCCCACACCAUUAGUUUUUCCACAGAAACGUCCAAGUACUGUUGCACUGUAGAAGCAGUGCAGUGAUUUCCGGUACGCGGAGCUGUCUGUAAAGGAUGACAGAAACCUGGAAAAUACACCCACAGCUGUUUUUUGUCUUUUAAUGCACAGAUGGCAGAUUGUGAAAUUUUCUCCAUGUAUGUGUCAUUUAAUAAUUAUUGGCUCUUGUGCUGCAGCUUUCAUCAUCCUGAAUGCAUGGUGCUUUUAUUUAUUGCAAUUUCAGUUGCAUUGCUAAAUUCCAAAUACUGCACACAUGCUGGUAAUUGUUACAAGAUGGACUAGUGCUGUUCCAUUUUGGUACAUCUAAAAUUGUCUUCAGUUGUUUAAAAACAGAAUAAAUCUUUAUUUUUCACUUUUUCAA